CGUGCGUCUGCUGGUUGUCACGACAACGGCAAACUAGCAAAAGCUCCGGGUUGAGCACUUUAAAGCUAGGUUUCUAGCUUUGAAUCUUCCUCUCAGAAAGUAAACAACUGUUCCUAAAGCGGACACAGAACAAUGUCGGAUAGAAGCUCCGAGGACGAAGAACACACAAAACUCGGAAGCUAUGAGGGAGAGAGAAACGAGGCAGGAGAGAGACACGGAGUCGGGAAAGCUCUUCUACCCAACGGAGACACUUACCAAGGAGGCUAUAAGAACGGCAAACGACACGGACAUCAGGGGACAUACUGCUUCAAGAACGGGGCAAGAUACGAUGGAGAAUAUUCCCAGAACAAGAAGCACGGGCAGGGAACCUUCUACUAUCCAGACAGAUCCAAAUAUGAAGGAUCUUGGGUAGAGGACCUGAGAGAAGGCCAGGGUGUCUACACCUACCCCAAUGGAGACACAUACAAUGGAGAAUGGCUGUACCACUUGAGACACGGUCAGGGCAUUUACCACUACAAGGAAACCGGUGCAAAGUACAAGGGCACAUGGGUGAACGGCAAGAUGGAGUUGGCCGGGGAAUACAUCUACACGAACCACAGAUACCAGGGCAACUUUGUCGACAACCGUCCUCACGGACCUGGAAAGUAUGUGUUUGACAUUGGCUGUGAACAAUAUGGAGAAUACCGCAAACAAGAGCAGGAGCAAGGUGAGGAUACAUUGGCCGUGGAUGGUGACCUCAAGUGGAUUCCUAUGAGUAUUACUAGCCUGACAUCAAAGGGUCCUGUAAAGGAAAAUUGAAAUGAACACCAGAUAUCACAUUUUAUAUAUUGUCUAACAGCAGAAAUAAACAAUUUCUUAAAUAUCCAAAAAUAAAUCAUUUCAUUACUAUCAUAAA